AUGGAACUGCCAAAUCAUGCCAAACAACUGCUGCUGCAACUCAACCAGCAGAGGGCCAAGGGCUUCCUGUGUGAUAUCAUCAUUGUGGUGGAGAAUGCUCUGUUCCGAGCCCACAAGAACAUUCUGGCAGCCAGCAGUAUCUACUUCAAGUUCCUGGUCCUCCACGACAACCUCAUUAACCUGGACACAGAGAUGGUGAAUCCCUCUGUGUUCCGACAGGUCCUGGACUUCAUCUACACGGGGAAGCUCCUGUCCUCGGCGGGUCAGAGCUACAGUGCCCUCUUGACCGCAGCCAGCUACCUCCAGCUCCAUGAUCUCGCUGCGCUCUGCAGGAAGAAGCUCAAGCGAGGCGGCAGCAAGCCCCUGCCAGGUAAACCCUCCACCCCGGGUCUGCUCAGCCAACUACGGCACAACAACCAGUGCCUCUCGUCCUCCACCCCUGCCGCCUACAACAACUACUACACAACCCCCGCCCCCUCCGACGCAGGCCAGACGCAGCCUGGCGAAAGCCACCGGUACAAGCUCUCGGACGACAAGAUGUUAAUCGGGAGUCCCGCUGGAAAGAAUGGGACCAGAAGGAACGGUAGUAACGGAGACCUCCCUAGCGGUGGGGAGCUAGACCUCGGGCUUGACCUGUCCAAGAAGAGCCCUCUCUUGGCAGUCACUGCAACAGACACACUCAGCCCACACAGCAACUCCCAGGAGUCCCCUCAAUCUGCCUCAGUAUCCACAACCAACAGUGCCUCACUGGAUAAUUCCACCACCACUCUGCCUGGUCUAUACACCACUGGCCCAGAGUCCAUGGAGCUCACACCCACCCCAAGAGCCCCCGAGGACAGCAAGGCCCAGCCCGAUGCCCCACCGCCCCGCAAGAGCUCACGCCAAGUAGCCCGCAAGAAGGAGUGGCACAAGAGAGAGGCUUCUGGCCUGAAGGCUGAAGAUCGUGACAGACCCCUGGUCAAAGGUGUGAUCGUGGGGCCUAAAGAGGGCAGAGGCGAGGGCAGUGGGAGCAGCUUCGCCUCAGACCAGUCCUUCCAGUAUAAAGAGGAGGAGGAGGGAGGGGAGAAUGGGCAGGAGCACAGCGAUGAGAGCAGGCAGAGUGAUGGAGAGAGUGGAGGAAGAGAAGGUAGAGGAGGCGGGCACCACAGCGCCAACUAUGUGUACCGGCAGGAAGGCUUUGAGCCAGCGUUCGGGGACAACCUGUAUGUGUGCAUCCCCUGUGGGAAGGGCUUUCCCAGCUCGGAGCAGCUCAACGCCCACGUGUACACUCACACGGAGGAUGAGCUCUACAUCAAAGAGGAGGGAGGGACCUUUGUGAAAGAGGAAGAGGAGGCCGAGGACCUCUCGGCCCCAGUGGCACCCACCACCUUCGGCAGCUCUGAGCCGCGGCCCUUCAAGUGCACCGUCUGCAGUAAAAGCUACAAAGACCCGCCGACCCUGAAGCUGCAUGAGAAUAGCCACUGGCUGACCCGACCCUUCCCCUGUAACAUCUGCGGGAAGAUGUUCACCCAACGAGGCACCAUGACACGCCACAUGCGGAGCCACCUGGGCCUAAAGCCGCUUGCAUGCGAUGAGUGUGGCAUGCGCUUCACGCGCCAAUACCGUCUGACGGAGCACAUGCAUGUCCACUCAGGGGAGAAGCCGUACGAAUGCCAUCUGUGCGGCGGAAAGUUCACCCAGCAACGCAACCUCAUCAGCCACCUGAGAAUGCACACUGGCAUGCUCUCUUUAAAAAAAAUCCUGCUCUCUUUUUAAGUCCUGCUCUCUUUAAAAAAAAAAUCCCAAUCUCACAACCAAACAAACGUACAUUUACACUCACGGAGAAACACCAGUACAAACACACAAACUGAUUCCUAUACACAAACACCUGGCUUAGUGUAUGUAGUGGUUGUCCAGAGGUCAGCCUGUGGCAGCAGGAUGGGCUUGGAAAACAAACCUAGAUGUCGAUCACCUCUGGAAGUCUAG